AUCUUGUUGACUAGGUGACCCAGGGCUAUGGUUGAUGCAUAGCCUUACGUUUCCCUGGUUAUUGAAGUUCUGGUUGUACAGUCGACUGAGGGAUUAGGAAGUUCUACAGUAUGAGGCGUGGGGAAGGGCCAAAGGUGGAACUGCGGUUCCUAAUAUCGACCAAAGCAGCUGGUGUAAUAAUAGGGAAAGGAGGUGAAAAUAUUAAAAAAAUUCGCGAGGAGUAUUCCGUUAAAGCUACCAUCCCCGAUAGCAAUGGCCCUGAGAGGGUCUUGGUUCUGGAUGGCGAUCUCGGUUCAGUCAUCGAAAUAUUCAGAGAAAAUCUUGAGAAGAUGCAAAGUAACCGCGAUGACGGAGUUGAUUUACGUUUACUUGUACAUCAAAGCCAGGCUGGAUGUGUUAUUGGAAGGGCUGGAUAUAAAAUCAAAGAAUUACGAGAGCAAUCAGGUCUUCAUACUCUCAAAGUUUAUCAGAUGCUGUGUCCAUGUUCUACUGACAGAGUGAUCCAGUUGGUUGGGGAUGUGGGGAAAGUACUUGAUUGUCUCCGUUCUAUAGCUGAACUUCUUGAGGGUGCCCCACCUAAGGGCUCUCGCCAGAAUUACGACGCACGAAAUGCAGAUGAAUUUAUUUCUCUUGAGUACGGAGGCUGGGGAGUAGGCAAUCAAGGUCCUGGAUUAAAUUUGGUCCGUGGUAGGAACAAUGUUGCGAAUACGAGUUACCCCCAUAACAAUAUACUCACAACUGGGAUUUUCGGCGGGGGUGCUUCCGGAGCAACAGGACGCAAUGGUGGGCAAACGACCUCUGUUAGUCAAGCACUAGCUGGAGGUCUUCCUCACGCAUCAGCAGCAGCCAUGCUUGCUGCGACUGGUGGUCAGACAACUGGCGGACACAACCCUGGUACGGCAGGAGAUGCUGCUGCUGCUACGGCUGCAGCAAUGGUAGCCGCGGGAUUCAUGAGGGGGUUACCUAGCCGUAUGGCCAUGAGUAUAUUAACUCCGACUACUAGCACUCAGGUCUCUGUGAGCAACAAGAUGAUAGGUGCGAUCAUGGGUAGAUCCGGUUGUCGCAUAAAUCAAGUUCGUCAUGAGUCAAAUGCAGAUAUUAAAAUCAGUAAACAGGAACCCGGUGUUGAAGAUCGUAUUAUUACAAUAACUGGAACUCCUGAACAAAUUCAAACGCUCAAUUUCUUCUUCAAAUGUGCGUUAAACGAUAUGGUGAUCAAAUCUGAUUCCUCACUAUCAUCCUUGUUUUCUUUUUCCCUAACUCCGUCUCUUGCGGAACUAAAUGAAAACCCACAUCCUCCCUAAUUUUAUUAUUCUUGAAUGCUUUAUCCAAUUAUUUCAACUACACAGAUAUGUUCUAUGCAGUUAACUUGUUAAUGUUUUGUGUUUUUGUAAAAAUUGAAAACACUCGUUGUUUCAUUCUUUACGAAUAAAAGUCGCUAGUUAAUAUGAACGUCACUGGAAAUAAUAUGGAUCUUUCUUUCAUUCAUUUUAAAAUGUGUUAUCAUAAUUCUUAUCCAUUUCUCUUCAGAAAUUAAAGUAGCGUUUAGCGCUUCAGA